GUUUUUUUAUGACUCGCUUGAUUUUUAUGUAUUUGCCCAGAGUUUGGCAUUCAAAUAUUUAAUGCGCGAUAGCUAUAACAGUUUUUCCCUCAUAGGCCUACUCAAAUUUAUAUAAGAUGUCAUUUACACUAAGCUUCCAAAAAUAUGCUGCUGUAUUGCGCUCUUAUCAAGUGCAGUCAAAUGUUGUUGGACAUGUCCUCCGCCGUUGCUUCCUCCAAUCAGCCUAUCUUGCACACACCCCCUGCAAGGAUUAUGUUUCUUUCGUUUUCAUUUCCCGGAAGGGUCGAAUGUGAAAAUAGUGGAGUUUUAUUUCUUCGAAAGUUAUCCUUUCUUUAUUCAAUAUGGAGUUUGGGGAUGUUUGAACUGCAGUGUAUUUUAUUCAUUGGAAGAGUUUUAUAUCUGCUUAUAAGGAAAUAAUCGUUUUUUUUUCGGACAGUCGAACAGGAAGAACAUUUCCAUGGAAAACGUUUCCCCCUCACCUUUGGUCAAGCAAGAAAACAGAGAAACCAGUCGUCCAUCCAUAAUGCAUGGAAUGCAGGUCAACGUUCCUCUCAGUGUGCAUCACUCCCCGCCUAACCAGCUUCCCUUGGUUAGUCCCCCCACACAAGAAGACCUGUGGCAUCUACCUGGACGGCUGCGAAUAAACCCAUCUCUGUGGGACAAGGAGGAUGUUGCCCACUGGCUCCACUGGGCUCAGAGAGAGUACUCACUGCGCCGGCCUGAAAAAGGACGCUUUGAGAUGAACGGUCGAGCCCUGUGCCUGCUCACCAAGGAGGACUUCAGACGCCGCUGUCCCAGCUCAGGUGAUGUUCUGUAUGAGAUCCUACAGUGUGUAAAACAGCAAAGGAGGACUGUUGUUUGUGACCCCCAAAAUUCGUCUCCCUCCCUGACAACUGGACCCAUCCAGAGCCCAGACAGCUGCCAGAUACCCCCUCAGAGUGUCCAAGAGCCACAGCCCCCCACAGUCAAUGACACCCAAGUUUCCCUUCCUUUCACCACUGCAGCGUUGGCUGUUGUAACCACUGUGACCAGCCAGCCGGAGCCCAUGUCACCUCUCAGAGAUCGUCCCUUGAGCUUUUACACUUACCCUGUUCCACUUACACAUACCAAUAGAUCAGCAGCUGUCCCUGCAUUGCCCCACAACCCAGUUCAGUGUCCUCCCCAAACAGAGAGUGUCCUCCAACCGCUCAACCUGUCCAGUCGAGAGAAGCCAAGGAGCCCAAUGCACAAAGCCAACGGCCGCAUCCCAGAAUGCAGACUGCUGUGGGACUAUGUGUAUCAGCUACUGUGUGAUGACCGUUACCAAGAAUACAUCCGAUGGGAAGACCAGGACAACUUGGUGUUCAGGGUGGUGGACCCCAACGGACUGGCGCGUCUCUGGGGAAACCACAAGAACCGAGACAAUAUGACCUAUGAGAAAAUGUCCCGGGCUUUGCGGCACUACUACAAGCUCAACAUCAUCAAAAAGGAGCGAGGACAAAAACUUCUCUUCAGGUUUCUGAAACUCCCACAGGACACCAAGAGAGCGCAGGCUGACCCUGCCGUGUCCCUGGAACACACUCCACCUCAGGACGGGGACUUUUCAGACAGCAGUCCUACACAUGAGUUCAGUGAGGACCAUUUUGAGGUUUCCCCUGAUCGUGCUUCUCCACUAACCUGACGCACCACAUGGUUUGUUACACAGAACCAUCUAAGAAGCCGUCAUUGGAAACUGUUUGGAAAAGGGCGGGCCCUUUCAAAAAAUACCUGGUAGGUGAGGAGGUCUAUCAUGUCCACAAUUGUUUUUUGAACAAUUGAAUUGUCGUGGUCAUCACACACACCUAAAUCACGUCCGUAGCUGCAAAUGCAUUACUUGAAGCCUGACAAGAUGGAUUUUCGUCUAACGAAAGGCAAGGUAACUUCUCCACAGCAUUCUCAAUAGAACAGAAAACUAUGUAUUAAAUGUCCUAUACACAAUACAACAACACAAAUGAUUACAGAAUAGAAUAGAGAUGUGCUCAGAAAAUAACCCAUGCAUGUACAGCCUUAACAAAAUGCACUGUAUUUUUUGAGUUUUUUUCACGAUGAUAUUGCUUUUCAUUUUGCUUUGAAUUAAAGUAUCUAUCACUGGGAUCAGAACAAACACUAAUAUUAAGGGGCGAGGAAAACUCUGAAAAACAUCACAUCAAUAUUCAAAUGGACAAAGGAUCAUAAUAACUUAGAUUUCUCAGGCUUGCUCAACAUAACCGCAAUACAAAAGAUGCACUUAUUUUCAUAUACUAUAUACUGAAGGUCUUGCAGGUACUGUAGAUGUUGGAAAUGACUGUGAAAUUGCAGAUUGUUGUUAAAUAGGAAGAGGCAGGGUAGAGUGAUUUUUUUUGUGCUCAUACAAAAACAUAUUGUGUUGCUGGUUAAAUGUUUGUACAGUUUUGUUUUUACAAAUGGUUUGCUUUAUCAACCUCAAGAUGAGGUAUUUGUUAAGUUGCAAAUUUGGUAUAGCCUAGACCUAUGUCAAUUGUCAAUGUUUUUUCUGCUUUGUAAAAUAAACAUUUUGUAUUGCA